AUGAGCCGAUUCUACAUCGCUGGUGGUGGGAGUGUUGCUGUUGUUGUUGUUGUUGUUGUUGAUGAUGAUGAUGAUGAUGAUGAUGAUGAUGAUGAUGAUGAUGAUGAUGAUGAUGAUGAUGAUGAUGAUGAUGGUGGUGGUAGAAGGCGAUGUGAAAUAAAACGUGACCCCAUCGGUGGGGGAAGUGCGUGGAACCGUGAUGGUGGUGAUGCUGGUAGCGCCGGUCGGUGCAGAGCUUGGAGCAGCGCGGAUGAUGUCGGUGAAUGGUGGUGGCGGGGCAGCGACAUUGUGGUCAGCGGUGACGGGGGUGGAGGUCGGAGCGAGGUUUGCGGCAGGGGACGAGGGUGGGAGAAGAGGUAG